GAUUUACGGUAAAAAUGGAAUGUUCUGUGGUCAAAAUUAUGUUGCUGUUGUGGUAAAUUUCGCGUUAAGAAUCUUCAAGUUUAUUUUUUAUUAAUUUUAGAGAAAGAAGUAUGUGGAGAUUUAAUACUUGUGGAUAAUCAGUCACAGAUAAUAGUGGUGGCGUGCGUGAUAUAAUUUGUGAUAUGAGAGGUUAAAGGUCACGGCCGUACAAACUUAAUUUUAACAAUUAUAUCUGAUUAUGAUAUUUUAAUGAUCGUUAUCAUAUUUGUUCUAAAAGCUGUCUAAUAAUCGCCUAUUUCUAACAAGCAGUAUGGCUUUAAACAGUUUCUUGAGGAAUAGUUUGACUAUUUCGAGAAAAUUACGAUACUUUCCAAGAGUCUUGUCAACUGGGCAACCCGCUCAACCUGCACUUAAUAGAAAGGAGGUUGAAGUAACAUUUGUAAAGGCCAAUGGUGAACGCAUAAAAGCCAAAGGUAAAGUAGGAGAAUCAUUAUUAGAUGUAGUAGUAAACAAUAAUGUAGACUUGGAUGGGUACGGUGCAUGCGAAGGUACCUUGACUUGUUCUACAUGUCAUUUGAUCUUGAAACGAGAAGAUUAUGACGGCUUGCCCGACAAACCUACUGAUGAAGAGAUGGACAUGCUUGAUUUGGCUUACGAGCUAACUGAAACUUCUAGAUUAGGUUGCCAAAUAAUUCUAUCCGAAAAGCUAAAUGGGCUGGAAGUUACAGUACCCGCUACAAUCAAUGAUGCAAGAAGUUAAUAUUACUUCUAGAGUAUGUACAGGUAAAUAAUGAAAUUAAAGAAAGAUAUGGCAAUAGUUGUUAUUUACUUUAUAAGUUUACGUUUUCAAAAGUAUUUUAAGUAU